AUGUCUCGGGCUGUUCAGCUUCCAGUGCCGUGUCCUGUUCAGCUUGGUUCCUUAAGGAAUGACUCCUUAGAAGCUCAGCUUCAUGAGUAUGUCAAACAAGGGAACUAUGUGAAAGUAAAGAAGAUUCUAAAGAAAGGAAUUUAUGUUGAUGCAGUUAACUCCCUGGGCCAGACACCACUUUUCAUUGCAUCAUUGUUAGGCCUUAUGAAAUUAGUUGAUGUUCUGGUGGAUUAUGGAUCAGAUCCAAAUCACCGCUGCUUUGACGGCAGCACCCCAGUACAUGCGGCAGCGUUUUCAGGCAACCAGUGGAUCCUCAGCAAACUGCUGGAUGCAGGGGGAGACCUUCGACUCCAUGACGAGAAGGGUCGAAACCCACAGACCUGGGCCCUGGCGGCAGGGAAGGAGCGUGGCACUGCGACGGUGGAGUUCAUGCAGCGCUGUGCCUCGCACAUGCAGGCCAUCAUCCAGGGCUCCUCCUAUGACCUCCUCAAGAAGAUCGACUCCCCUCAGCGGCUCGUCAGCAGCCUUCCCCGAUUUGGGGGCCUCAUGCCGGGAAGCCCUAAUGGUUCUCCUAGUCGACUGCUUAAAGCUGGAAUCAUUUCUGCCCGAAACAUCUACAGCUUCGGCUUUGGGAAGUUUUAUCUCACAGGGGGAACACAGCUCGCCUAUCUGGGAUCCCUUCCCGUGAUUGGAGAAAAGGAGGUGAUCCAAGCGGACGACGAGCCCACCUUCUCUUUUUUCAGUGGCCCCUACAUGGUCAUGACCAACCUGGUGUGGAAUGGGAGCAGGGUCACGGUGAAGGAGCUGAAUCUCCCUGCGCACCCACACUGCAGCAGGCUGCGGCUGGCCGACCUGUUAAUUGCUGAGCAGGAGCACAGCAGCAAGUUGCGGCACCCCCACCUGCUGCAGCUCAUGGCCGUGUGCCUGUCCCAGGACCUGGAGAAGACCCGUCUUGUGUACGAGCGCGUCACCGUGGGCACGCUGUUCAGCGUCCUCCAUGAGCGGCGGGCCCAGUUCCCCGUGCUGCACAUGGAGGCGAUCGUGCACCUCCUGCUCCAGGUCUCAGAUGCCCUGAGAUACCUGCAUUCCCGGGGGUUUAUCCACCGCUCCCUCAGCUCGUACGCCGUCCACAUCGUCUCCACAGGGGAAGCGAGACUGACCAACCUGGAGUACAUGAUGGAAAGGCAGGAUGGAGGUGCACACAGGGACCUGACUCGAGCACCCCUCCCCACCCAGCUGUACAACUGGGCCGCCCCAGAGGUGAUCUUACAGAAGGCAGCCACGGUGAAGUCAGACAUCUACAGCUUCUCUAUGAUCAUACAGGAGAUUUUAACAGACAACAUACCCUGGAAUGGCUUGGAUGGCUCAGUUAUUAAAGAAACCAUUGUCUUGGGAAAUUAUUUAGAAGCUGAUGCCAGGCUUCCAAAACCUUACUAUGAUAUUGUUAAGUCAGGCAUCCAAGUCAAGCAGAAAGACCGAACUAUGAACCUUCAGGAUAUCCGGUAUAUUCUGAAGAAUGACUUAAAGGAUUUUAUUGGGGCCCAGAGAACUCAGCCAACUGGGAGUCCACAGGUACAAAGUUAUGAACUACAUCCUGAUGUCAGUGUCUGUCUUGGACUUCCUUCAGAAUAUCCAAAAGAGACCUCUGACUUGGAAAUAAAAGAACUGAAGGAAGCAGGCAGUCAGCGCCACUCACCAAGGAGUUACUCUUCUCCCACUGAGAAAGCAACACCAGAUCCGCACCCGAGACUGACAGCUAAAGAGACUCAAAACCAGGACACUGCUUUUUGUGCUUGCUCUGUGGCAGAAGAGGCCAGGAGCCCCAGCCCCGGUCAGGAGAGCCUCUGCAGCUUUGAAAUCAAUGAGAUCUUCUCAGGCUGCCUGGACGUAGGAGAUGACAAAGAAAGCCCAGGAACUGGCGCAGCUCUUGAGGUUAGCUCAAACCAGAUAGACGAACUGAAGUCCAUGGAAGAAGAAUUGGAUAAAAUGGAGAGAGAAGCAUGCUGUUUUUGCCAUAACGAUGAGAGCUCUUCAGAAGCUGGCACAGACCUCUCCUUGGAGGACUGGAGCUGGCAGAAUGGUUCACUGAGUUCACCCAGCCUUUGUGAGUUCACCCAGCCUGUGCCCAGAGAAGCCAGGGGCAGUGUGAACAACCGGUCCAUGACCGAAGAGUACAUCAGUAAGUGUGUGCUGAAUCUAAAGAUUUCACAGACGUUAAUGCACCAGAAUGUCGAUUUGCUGAGGAAUACCCAACAGAAAAUUGAUAUGCUUGAGAUGAUCCAGAAGGAGCAGGAGUGCAGGUGUUUGUGGGCUUCUUCGAGAGAGUUUGCAGAUGUCUUUAACUCACUUUCAGCUCUGGGCCCCCCAGCUUUGAGCUAUAUUCCUCCUGUCGUGCAGCUGCCAGCGGGCCAGCAGCUGGACGCUGGGGGCAAUAGCCCGAGCCCAGCAGGGUCUCCAACAACAGUUUCAGAUCUUUGUAGCCCUGGAAAACAGAGCAUAUGUGAACAGUUUCAAUCAACUCAGGGAGCCAAGGGCAGCUUGGAAAAAAGCAGGAGCCAAAGUUCCAGCAGCCAGGGAAGGCCUAGAGAGUCCAGUGUCCGAGCCAAAGCAACGCAGCUGAAUAGUGCACUCCUCACUGUGUCACGUCACCCUCAGGGACCACCUGCAUCAUCCAGCUUGGGCCAGGGCUCUACCAGGAUCGGUGUGGAAUCUGUGUCUUCUGAAAUCUAUAAUGCAAAGUCAAGAAAUAAAGAAGAUGAUGGGGAGGUGCACUUAAAAUGGGAAACGGACGUGAAAGAAAUGGCAGAGAAAGUAGCUACUGGGCAGCUGUUGGUAUCUCCUUGGCAUCCUCAGAGUCGUUUGAUUGCAGAGAAAGAGGCUGAAAACAAACUGAAUCCCCUGCCCUCGACCCCCAUCAGGGACCCAGAGAAUGUUGGCUGGCAGCGAGCUAUAGAGUAUCCCAGAAAAAAUGAUGAGCAUGCCAAGUGUGACAGAAAGGACAGCAGUGACCAGAAUGGCAGACAGUUUGGGUCUCGAAGCUUAUUGUCAGUUGGAGAAAUUGGGAUUGGUAUCAGGCAUCUGAAGCACAGGAAAAAUGAGCACUCAGAGCACAGUGAAGCCUUUCAAGCAAGUUCUGAAGCAUGUGCUCUCACUGAGAAAUCUUGCAGUAAUCAGUCUGUGCAUUCAGCUUGUUCACGAGAGUCUUCUGAGGACACGACAGAGGAAUUUUUAACUCCAGACCAUGAAUAUUUUUACUCCUCGACUGCUCAAGACAACUUAGUUCUAGAGACCUCAAGUCCCAUAGAAGAGAAUUUUAAAGGAAUACCAGGUGCGUUUGCCCAACCUCAAGCCUCAGGUGAAGAAAAGUUCCCAAUGAGAAGAAGCCUUGGAAGGAUUGCUGAGGUUUCAACUCAGUCGCAGUUUCAACCUAUACAAAGUACUGAAGGUGAACAAGAGGAGACGUUGAAGGAGUCACCAAAAGAACUAAAAGAGAAAAACAUCUCAUUGACAGACAUUCAAGACUUAUCUAGUAUCUCCUGUGAACAAGAUGGUUCUUUCAAAGAAAUCUCAUGCAAAACACCUAAGAUAAGGCAUGCGCCAACUAAUGUCAGCACUCCGCUUAGCCCAGGCUCCAUUUCUUCCGCUGCUAGUAGGUACAAAGACUGCCUUGAAAGUGUCACUCUUCAGGUUAAAACAGGGUCUCCCUCCUUAUGUGACAGUCAAGAAUCUUUUCGAACUUGGCCUGAUAAAUUUACAUCUGUUCGAGAGAAAGCCAAAAGUCUAGAUUCCCUUCUUACAUCCUCUGAAGCUUCCCCUUCAAGACUGCCCGAUAAAAGGUUGUCUGCACUUACCAGGACUGGUUCUUCUGUCAUUGCAAAAGCACCUGACUCCUUAGGCCAUGCCACCCAGAAAAGGAGCUUGCCAAAAGUAGAAGCCAUCUCACAGCAUCACCUUGAUGAGCUACCGCCACCACCCCAGGAGCUACUUGAUGAAAUCGAGCACUUGAAGCAGCCGCAAGUCCCGUACGCCGUGUUGGAUGGGAACACAGUGAGGCAUCUGGACAUCCCAGCAAGCGAUCAAAGGCACUUAGAAGAACAAGAAACUAAAAGUAAGAGAGAAGAUAUCAGUGUGCUUUGGACCAGAGAAACUCAGGAUUUAGAAGAGGACACAGAGAGAGCUCACUCGACUCUUGAUGAGGACCUGGAAAGAUGGCUGCAGCCCCAUGAGGACAACGUGGCAGUACAGGAUCUCCCCAAAGGUUCUGCAAGGUUAAUCAGGGUGUCAUUUUUUUCUUUUCCAGGAAGGGAGAGGUUCAAUUCAAACAAACAAACAAACCUAAAACAGUAUGAACUAAAAUCCUGUUUUUGGAAGCGACUGGGUUGGUCUGAACCCUCCAGGAUAAUCGUGCUGGAUCAGAGUGACUUGUCAGAAUGACCAGAACUGGAUCAGAAAUGGCCCUGUGACCCGAGUUGAGCGUCCUGCUUGUGAACCUUCCCCCUGAUCUGCUCCAGUUGCCAUCAGAGCAAUGGUUUGAUCGCUCAUUCUGAGAUCAGCUGCCACAGACAUAAAGACAUGAUUUGGUCUGUUUGUAGCAGGUUUAGUCAUAUGUUUUAAGGAAAAUAAAAGGUAGUUUUGACUGUAGAGUUUUCU